AUGGCUGCCAAGAGGAAGCUUGGAGCAAUGGCGGAGGUGAUCGAAGAACCUAUCGACCCAGCGGAUGAGCUCAUGUUCCUUUGCCUAGGAGGUGGGAACGAAGUGGGCAGAUCAUGCCAUAUCAUACAGUACAAGGGCAAGACCAUCAUGCUCGAUGCUGGACAACACCCUGCCCGAGAAGGUCUUGCAGCUUUACCCUACUUCGACGAAUUCGACCUUAGCACCAUCGACAUACUGCUCGUUAGCCACUUCCAUCUUGACCAUGCCUCGGCAUUGCCCUACGUCCUUGCCAAAACCAACUUCAGAGGACGCGUCUUCAUGACGCAUCCUACAAAAGCGAUUUACAAGUGGCUGAUACAAGACAGUGUACGAGUACAGAGUCUCUCUUCCUCCUCCGAACAACGAACGGCCCUCUACACUGAAGCCGAUCAUCUUUCAACUUUCUCCCAGAUCGAGGCCGUGGACUUCAAUACAACGCACACCGUUUCCUCCAUUCGGUUUACGCCAUAUCCUGCCGGCCAUGUUCUAGGAGCUGCAAUGUUCUUGAUCGAGAUAGCUGGUCUCAAGAUCCUUUUUACAGGAGACUAUUCGCGAGAAGAUGACCGCCAUUUGGUUUCCGCGGAAGUCCCAAGGGGCAUCCAGAUCGAUGUACUCAUCACAGAAAGCACAUACGGCAUUGCUACACACAUACCACGGGCAGAGCGAGAAACUGCAUUAAUGAAAAGUGUGACGGGUAUACUCAAUCGAGGAGGAAGAGUCUUGAUGCCUGUCUUUGCCCUGGGACGAGCUCAGGAGCUUUUGCUAAUUCUGGACGACUACUGGUCACGACACGCCGAGUUUCAGCGCAUACCGAUCUACUAUGCCUCCAAUCUUGCCAGGAAAUGUAUGGUAGUGUAUCAAACGUACGUUUCCGCCAUGAAUGACAACAUCAAGCGUCUUUUCCGCGAGAGAAUGGCAGAAGCAGAACAAGCUGGUGAUACUGACAGAGGUGGACCUUGGGAUUUCCGUUUUGUUCGCAGUUUGAAGAACCUCGAACGAUUUGAUGAUGUUGGGGGCUGUGUAGUACUGGCGAGUCCGGGAAUGCUACAAAGCGGCAUCAGCAGAGAGCUUCUUGAACGAUGGGCGCCCAGCGAUAGGAAUGGGGUCGUGAUCACUGGAUACAGCGUAGAAGGCACAAUGGCAAAACAGAUGUCGCAUGAGCCGGAUAGCAUACCAGCCAUCAUGACCAAUCGAAGCGCAGCACCUGUGGGGAGAAGAGGUCCGGGCGCCAAUGGUGAGGCCGAAAAGCCAAUGAUACCAAGGAGAUGUAGCGUGCAAGAGUUCAGCUUUGCUGCUCAUGUGGAUGGUCAAGAGAAUCAGAGUUUUAUCGAGGAGGUUGCAGCUCCUGUUGUGAUAUUGGUUCAUGGAGAGAAACACAACAUGAUGCGUCUCAAGUCCAAGCUUCUUUCGCUCAACAACGACAAAGCAACCAAAACCAAAAUCUUCAGCCCUGCCAACACCGAAGAACUUCGCAUUCCAUUCAAAGUUGACAAGACUGCCAGAGUGGUUGGACAACUUGCUCAGCUUCCUCCGCCCAAAUCCUCGGACCCCGAGGAGGAAAGGCUCAUUACCGGUGUCCUUGUACAGAACGAUUUCAAGAUGUCCCUGAUGGCGCCUGAAGAUCUCAGGGAGUAUGCCGGAUUGAACACGACCACGAUCAUGUGCAAGCAGAAGAUCACGCUAAGCGCAGCUGGGAUCGACUUGAUCAAGUGGGCUUUGGAAGGAACUUUCGGUGCCAUAGAGGAGAUCAAGCCGCAGAAGAAGCCGUCGUCAAAUGGGGCUACUCAGGUCAACGGCAACGGUGUGUCCCAUGAAGAAGAAAUAGCAGACGAAGAGAUUGAAUACUCUCCGCAUGCGGUUGCGUACCUGGUCAUGGGCUGUGUGAUUGUUCGGUACCAGAACAAUGGGCAGGUAGAGGUCGAAUGGGAGGGCAACAUGCUCAAUGAUGGGAUUGCCGAUGCAGUGCUGGCUGUACUAUUCACAGCGGAAAGCAGUCCGGCUGCGGUCAAGCAAUCUUCGAAAAGUCAUCAACACCACCACCAUCAGGGUGAACGCAACCUUCACUCGAACGUCACACCGGAAGAGCGAUUCUCACGUCUCUGCAUGUUCCUUGAAGCCCAAUUUGGUCCCUUAGUCACUCCUCUAGCCAAACCGAAAACCCUCCCUAAGCCGCCGAAGCCUGCGCUUGACGGCGACGGCAUCAAGAACGAGCCCGAGGAAGAAGCAGAUGAAGAUGAUGUGGAGGACCAGGAAGCAGAAGAAAUCGAGAGGUUGCAUAGUAUUGGGAUUCCCGUGCCUGGCGUUCAAAUCAAAGUGGACAAGCAAGUGGUGAAGGUCUGGUUGGAGACGCUGGAGGUGGAGUGUGCGAGUAAUGUGCUCCGGGAGAGGGUGAAGGCGGUGGUCGAGAGGGCGGUAGAAACGGUAGCUCCACUUUGGGGAAAGGGCAAGAAUUGA